AUGCCCAUCCCUAUCAUUUCCCAGGCUCUCCGGGAGGGCGUCUCGUCCAUCCCGCAUGCCUGGACAAUCCUCCGCAUAGCCCCAUGGGUGCUAGUCCUCAUGGCACUGAAAUACUAUUUCGAAGGAGCCCGCAACGGCUCUGAGAGAAUGAUGCGAUCAAAAGUGGUAAUGGUUACGGGUGGCACCUCUGGGAUAGGCGCAGAAGUAGCCCGCGAGCUCGCAACACGCGGCGCCCAAGUAAUCCUCCUAACCCGCCAACCCCCCUCCGAUAUCUUCCUCUCCGAAUACAUCGAGGACCUGCGCACGAGCACAAAAAACAAUCUUAUCCAUGCCGAACAAGUCGACCUCUCCUCCCUACACUCCAUCCGUACCUUUGCAACAAAAUGGAUUGACAACCUCCCACCCCGCCGACUAGACUGCAUAAUCCUCGCCGGUGGAACAGCUGAACCAUCAGGACCCCGCCCCCUAACGGUGGAGGGCAUCGACAUCGAAUGGCAAACAAACUACCUCUCAAACUUCCACCUCCUCAGCAUCCUCAGCCCAGCUCUACGCGCACAACCCGCACACCGCGACGUACGCGUCAUCUUCGCUACAUGCACUAGCUACAUCGGCGGUGACUUCAGCAAACUGGAUUCCGUGACACGCGGGAAGCAGAAGGUGGUGGUGAAGCGGACGAAGACUUCUCCGGCAUUGUACGCGCAGCCUAAGGGCGUGUACGCGCUCAGCAAGCUUGCUCUUACAAUAUUUGCACACUCAUUCCAGCGGCAUUUGAAUGCUUACGAGAGGCCUGAUAGUCUGCCGCCGUGUACGCGUGUUAUUGUGUGUGAUCCCGGGUUGACGCGGACUCCGGGGAUGCGGCGGUGGCUGACUGGUGGGUCUUUGUGGGGUCUUGCGGUGUACCUGAUCACUUGGCCUAUUUGGUGGCUGUUUUUCAAGUCGCCUGUGCAGGGUGCGCAGAGUAUUCUGUAUGCGGCGAUGGAGCAGCAGUAUGGACGAGGUGGGGGUGGUUGGCUGAUUAAGGAGUGUCGGGAAAUGGAUUAUGCGCGGACUGAUGUGCGGAAUGAUGAGGUUGGGAAGAAGCUUUGGGAGUUUAGUGAGAAGAUGGUUGAGGAGGCGGAGAAGGAGGGUGCUGUUAUGAGGGCUUUGGAGAAGAAGGAGAUUGAGGUUGAGAAGCAGAAGGCCGAGGCUGAGAAGGGGAAGAAGGAGAGGGAGGAGGCGUCUUCGAAGAAGGGGAAGGCUGAUGGGUCGAGGAGGAGUCGGAAGGGCCAGAAAUAA